AUGGUCUUCUACAAGGUUACAUUAUCUAGAUCACUCAUAGGUGUACCUCAUACCGUCAGAAAUGUGGUAAAGAGUCUGGGACUGGGCAAAAGAGGAUCAACAGUUUACAGAAGGGUUACGCCACAAUGUGCAGGUUCACUGGCAAAAGUUAAGGAAUUGGUGAAUGUAGAGGUUACACAGCAUGCUCUUACGAAGGAACAACAGAGGGAACUGCGUAAGUCUAAUCCAGGAUUUACAGUAGAGAAAAGAGUAUAG